ACGUACAAUCUAGUGGACGGUUCUUCAGAAACAGCUCCUCAACCACCUCGGUAGCUUGCUAGCCAACAUAGCCGAAAGAUUCAAGCUAUUUAUACGCUUUCGGUGUAUAUUAGCUACUCUGUUUGAGACUCACUUCUGUCGUAUGAACUUGUUAACCUAUUUAAUGUAAUAUUACGUUAUUUUUUAUUAGUCAGCUAUAGUAGCUGGUUGGUUAAAUUCGCACUAGCCUAGUCGCUAAUGAUAGCUAGCUAGCUAACAUCCCCGAACAUGAAGUCAGUAAGCUUCUCCCCUCCUGCGAAAGAAGAGGCGCUCUGCUGGACGGAGAAAGAGGGUCUGUGGCAGAACAUUGUUGUGAAAGAGGAGAAGGAAGGUGAGGCUGUUACAUUGAAAGAAGAAGAGAAAGAAGUUUCAGUGAAAGUAGAGGAAGAUGAGAAAGAGGAGGAUGCCGUUUUUGGUGUGAAAGAGGAGGAGGGGGAGAUUACUGUCACAUUGGAGGAAGAAGAGGAGGUUGGAGAUCCGUUUAACCCCAGAGAGAGAUGGGACUAUUGUGGAUCCUCUGGGGAGCCUCAACAACAUCACGAUGCUGACAGGGCAGAGAAGAGUCUUUCCACAUCAGAACACCUCAAGAAACACCUGCGGAGAUCCACAAGGAAGAGACCUCACUGCUGCUCUGAUUGUGGGAAGAGAUUCACCUCAUCAGCAGGCAUUAAAAUUCAUCAGAGAAUCCACACAGCAGAGAAAUCUUAUAGCUGUACUCAAUGUGGGAAGAGUUGUACUCAGCUAAGCAGCCUGAUAUUACACCAGAGAACACACACAAGAGAAAAACCUUAUAGCUGUGAUGAAUGUGGGAAGAGUUUUACUUGUUCUAGCCGUCUUGUUGUACACCAGAGAACACACACCGGAGAGAAACCUUUUAGCUGUAACCAAUGUGGGAAGAGUUUUACUCGGUCAAGCAGCCUGAUAUACCACCAGAGAACACACACAGGAGAGAAACCUUAUAGCUGUAAUCAAUGUGGGAAGAGUUUUACUAUAUCUAGUGUGCGGACUAGACACCAAAGAGAACACACACACAGGAGAAAAACCUCAUAGCUGUAAUCAAUGUGGGAAGAGAUACUCUGAUAAUAGAUAUCUGAUUAAACAUCAGAAAAUACAUGGAGUUGUUUCAUGAUAUCAGUGAAAUGUCACAAUGUAGAAUGUUUUAACAUUGUAGAAGGAGUAUUUUAAUGAUGUCACAAUGUAGAAUGUUUUAACAUUGUAGAAGGAGUAUUUUAAUAAUGUCACAUUGUAGAAGCCUAAACAUUUGCCCCCUUAUCAAAUUAUUUCAGCAUGAUAUGGAUAUUAGCCUCAGGGGAAAAAUCCAGGCUCUGAAUUGAGAGAGUAUUAUUUAUGAGAUUCAACAAAAAAGUGACUAACAAGAAAAUAGUUGUGUUACACUUACCACGUUGGUGACGCACUUGAAUCAAAAUGCAACACUUCAAAAUGUAGCUAGCUGUUUUCUACAAAUUGUCCUCUAACCAGGGAUGUACAAAUUAUUCCCAGUUUCCGUGUGGUUUUUGAGCUGUUAGUUUUAACAGUACGUGCAACCUCAUCGUCCUCCUCUCGGCACAAUUGAUUUCAACAUGAUAUCGAUGAGUGAUGACAAAUAAGUGUUGUGUUCCUUUGUUUAGCGACCCCUAAAUUUAAAUGCAUCACUCAAAUGUAGCUGACUGUCUUCUGCAGGUUGUCCUCUAAUCAGUGAGGUAACAGAUAUCUCCCAUUUCCAUGUGUUUUUUUAGUUGUGUUAGUUUCAACAGCACAUACAACCUGAUGUCCCCCCUAAUUGAAUUCAGUGAUUUAUUGCUACUUGUCAAAACAACAGUGUUUCUGGUGCUUGUGCAGUUUAUAAGGUGCUUGUUUAAGAAAUACAAGUAAUAUGAUUAUUGUGGCAGAUGUUUGUGUAUAUAGUACAUUUUAUGUUUAGAUUUUCAAUUUAUCACAAACUGUUUCUGCAUUUGGACUAUUGAUUUGGACACGUUUAAACUGUGACAUUGGGGAUAUCCCACCUAGCAAAAUGUCAUUGAAAAUAAGACUAUGCCAUAUAAGUUUGGUUUUAGUUGAAAGUGUAAAAGAAAACGAGUUAAUUUCAACGUACUUGCAGCUUAUACACAUGGACGCAGUAUAAUAAAUUGGUCUAUAAUCAAUUUUAUUAACAAUCCUAAUAAAUUGAGUCAUAAAUAUAAAAUAUAUUUGUUGUCCUAAGAGGAAGGUGUUACAGUCUUUGGUUUUUCCAUUUAUGUUUUGAGGUUGGACUUUAGCAUGUAUAGCUCGUUAGCACGUAGAACGCACUGAUUGGUGUCACCUCGUUAGUCAGUAUGUGUUACACCUGUGCUGGCUUGUCCAUCUCGUUAGUGGGAAGGUGUUUCACCUGAGCUGGUCCAGGUUCUAUUUAAGAGUGUCUGGCCCAGUGUCCCAGUUGUCUUGAUAGAUGUGGAGAGUCAACACCUUUAGGUGCGCCACCGUUUUGGUUUGUUUCCUGUCUUUAAAUUUGGUGUGGGUUUUUCUUUUGUUUGCCUCCUCUUGGCAGAUUUGGUGGGUCUCAUGGUGGGUGUCUUUUAUGUCCCAGUUGUUGUUACUAGUCAACUUUCAGUGGACACCCCCAUAGUGUCUUUCAGAGCCCCUCCUAAAAAACAAGCUUAUAUUUUGGGUUGGAUAUUGCAUCCAAUUAAUAUUUUAAUCAAUGGUAUUUCCUUAGAAUGUUCAUUAGUCUUUCAGUUGUUAGUAGUCUGUUGUGGACUAAAUAUUUCUGUUUAUUUUCAUUUUUAUUUUUUUCCUGUGAAGCCAUUCUGUUGAAUCCAUGUCUGAAGUGUGCUGUAUAAAUAAAGCUUGAUUUGAUUUCAACUAAUGAA